AUGCAGCCCUUUUUUCCAGAGAAGUUUAGAGAGAUAAAGCCUACCUGGGCUACGGCCGUGGAAAUAGUUUUGAAGAAAGAUGCUCCGGCUUUGGAAAGAUGGACGGAGAUCGAAGAUAUUUUGCUGAAGAGCAGGAAGUGCUACAAGCAGCUGCUGCAAGAGCGAAGUGUUUGCAUGGAGAUCAGUAUAGACAAGAUCAUCUCUGCGAAUGCCUUGAGCUUCAAACAGGCCGUGGAGAAUGGCUGGGAAUGGCUCUUGCUGGCAGCAGAGGUAGAUGCAGUUCUGCCCUCGCGUGCCUCCUUCGUUCAAGAAGUCAUGAAUGCAGCCCAAGGAGUUGCAAGAACGGAAGGCGAGCUUGAACUCGCCAUGGCGAUGGUGACUCGUGCAAAGCUGCUCGAAGCCCAAGGCCUGUCCAUCGACUGGGACGAUAUGCAAAUAGUGACGUGGCAGCUACAGUGCACGGAAGCGCCCCUGCUGAAAUUCCUGCACGAUUUCAGCCUGCAGUACGGGGCGAGCAAGAGCUUGAAAUUCGCACGCCAAGAGCGUUCGCAUGCCAUGAUUCGGGCUGCUAUGAUCGCGACAAACUUGACAGCGACCAAGGUUGUGGACAAAGUGGCCAGGCUCCAGACGAAGGCCGACCUGACCCGCUUGACUUCGAAGCCCCUGGAGGAGUCAGUGCGGGACUGGGAAGAGAUGCUGCACAGGGCAUCUCACUGCGACGACAGAUGCGCCGAGACGUGCCAAGGCAGUGGAGAGAUUCGGCCGCCUCAGCUGCGAUCCAUCGUUGAUCUGCUGAGCAUGACCAGCAGCGUUUGCGUGAACCUGCUUCAGCUAGCUAUGUUCAUCACCAUACCCGUAAAUGCCAGGCUGUGCUGGGAAGCUGCUGCCUUGCCGCUACAGCCUGCGAAUGGUCGUUUUCGCUUUGGCUACGUCUCGACGCGUCUGGAGUUCGGCAGCUUGGCCGAGGUGCUGGAGUUGUACGAAACCGAGAUGGGUGUGAAGAGUGGCUCUGCAGUUGCUGCUGCGGCAACUUCCACAGCUGCGUCCUCCGGCGAUGCCGUUGCAGGAGAUGCAAGACCCAGCCUCCUGAUGAAGCUGCAGGGCUUCGCCGAGGGAAGGAUGUACAAAGGCAAGCAGAAGUAUGGCGAAGUCUGGCCUUGGAAGCUUGAGAAGAUCACCCAGAGCCACGGCUCUUUCUCCCUGGCCUGCCCAGUGAGCUCAGCAGAAGUAUGCUGCCGACGUGGACUGAAUGCGCACAUCCUGCUUGCAGUUGCGUUAAAACCUUGCCUGGAGCCUCCGUGCACGGGCGGGCCGAAAUACGAGGCCGGAGAGGUAGACACGGGCGAAGUCGUCGUUGGCCAUGCCCUCGCCACGGGAGCGGCAGAGAAGUCGGAGGAGCAGGGCAAGUCGUCGGAGCAGCCGGAGGCGGCGAGGGAGGAGAAAGAGCAGAAGAAUCCUGAGCCUGCGGGCUCAAAGGAGGAGGAGGAGGAAGGAGAUGGGAGAAAGGAGGAGGAAAAAGAGAAGUCCAAGGACAAGGAGAGGAAGAAGGAUACGGAUAAGGAGGAGGAAAAAAGGAUGAAAAAAACGGAGAAGGAUAGAAGAAAAGAGAAGAAGUAUGAAAAAAAAGAUGAGAAGGAUAGGGAGAAGAAGUCCAAGGACAAGGAGAAGAAGGAGAAAAAGGAGGAAAAGGAGGAGGAAGGAAAAAAGAAAGGAGCCCCGAGAAGUCGUGGAUCAAGUGCUCCGCGUCCUGGAGAAAGAUCCAAGACAUUCCCGCCUCCCGGCGGCAGCACAAGCUCUCGGUGUACCACCGGAGUUGGAAGUAUGUGA